AACUUACUUUGCAAUGUCCCAUUUUUACUGAAAUGUGUAUGUCACAAAAGAACUUAUACAAACUACGCUUUGGAACUUUCUCGUUUGUAAAAUGUCCUAUUGUAUUAAAAUACCCAAUUGUGGUAUUGCUGUUAUCUGUAAGUGUUGUGUGCUCGCAGGAUAUGUACGGGGCCAGCGUCAAUUGGAGACCGACUGGAAAUGAUUCGAUCGCGUUCUCGUUUCGCAUGAUAUGGGAGGGUAUGGGAAGCAUAGAGGCUAUGAAAAAGUCGUGCCUGAAAUUUCCCAGCGCGUUGAGGCCGACGUGUGAAAGCAAAGUGGAUACAAGUUUCAAUGAUGGUCUUCUGUCAAUAAAGGAUCCAAGAAUUACAACGAAAGUAUUCGCAAAUUAUACCUGGAUGUGUACCCAUGGCUGUCGUAUGCAAGGAAGAGUGAUUUCAAAUUUAUCACAAUUGUUUUUCAUUGAUUUGAAUAGUUUUUAUGAAACUAAAUGGGAGUCUGGAGUAGGGACUGUGGAUGUUCAAUUUGACGAUCAAGAUGAUACAGAAAAUAUCCGAAUCGGCUUAACCUACCCUAACGGCAGCCUCGUAUCGGAUCUUGGAGAAGCACAUCUAAAUAUGGCGGCUAGAAAUGAUACCAAAAGGCCCAAUAUAAGUCCUCUCGUAAACGUGUUCCCGGUAUAUAGGACUCCAAAGGGAUGCAACAUCACGAUUCGGCUCUUUCCAUUUGAUGGGGAUGGAGACAAUGUCAAGUGUUAUUGGCAGUCAUUACCCCUGAAGGAUAGCCCUCAGUCACAUUCAACCCUCAAUUCGGAGACUUGUGAAGUAAUCUUUACUGCGACAUCAAAUCUAAUAAAUAUUGGAGAUGUCAUACCCCUUUCAUUAUAUGCCGAGGACUACACCGAUGAAGCGGUAGAGUUCGUGGGUUCUUAUAGGUACAUUACAGCCGGUCCUUUUUGUCGGACCCCUAUAAAGUUAAUGGUUACAAUUGGAAAUGCAAUUCCGUGUCACACGGAUAGACCAGUAUUCGAUAAAGAAUUGACACUUCCGCUAAAUUACAAGCACUCGUAUGAGGCCGCCGAUCUCGCCAAAACAUACGAUAAACUUCUGCCUUUCGGAACGGACAACCUAAACGACAAGAUUCUAACAUCUGGCCCUAAGUACAUGAUAUUUACCACGAAACGUAAUUUCACAGUAAUAACCGAAGGCACGUGGAAAGACAUCCAUGACCUUGGCAUGAAGGGCAUUCACCAAGCCUGCGGAAUGGCGUACUCAGAUCAAGGUAUCCCGGGGGAAAGCCGUUGUUCGGUGCUGCUUAUGUUUGAGCCCGACGAGUGCAAAGCAGCUAUAAACCCAUGUGGAAAAGAUGGCGUCUGCGACAAUUACUUCGAGCAUUUCACAUGCAGGUAUCCUGACAUCAACCUAACUGAACAUCAGUUCAAGAAUGGAGAUUGCCACUAUGGAAUAUUAGUUUGGGCAGGAAAUGACAAGACAUUAUUAAAAAUUGGACUUCCGGUUGGACUGUCUCUUCUUCUUCUGCUCGUUAUCAUCAUCACUACUUGCAUAUUGAGGCAUUACUGGAAAGAGAAAAUGCAGACUGAUAUAUCGGACAAAGAUACACCCGUACGAAAAAUCGCGAAUAAGUCCCUUGAUUUUUGAAAUGAUAAAAUUUAAUCCAUAACUUUUUAUACAUGAAUUGUUUCAUAUGAAUGCAGAAUAUGUGUUGUGAAAGGUUUGCAAAAAGACAUCUCUAUCAAAGUCUUCGAAAAAAAAUGUGUGCUGAAAUAUUUGUAGAAUCGCAUGCAUGGUAUUAUGCAUUUGAUGUAUAGACACAAUUUUAUACAUAUAAUCUGCGAAUAGUUGCUUUUAUGAUAUAUAUCAAUACAAUCUGAACUUAUUGAUAUUGUGUUUGAUAGAU